AUGAGAGAUCGGCCUGUCAUCAGCAUCGGAAAUUACCCCACAUACUGUGGCGAUGCUGAUGAGAACAAAGUAGAUGCGCCUUUUUACGACUGCGGGAUCGGCAGAGGACGUAAACUCUGGAUCGUAAGUGCUCACGCACCUACGGAAACCGCUGAGGACAACAGUAAGGACGCCUUCUAUGAUGAACUCAAUGCAUUGAUGUCUAAAAUACCAAGCCAACAGGUGGUCAUUGUCGGAAUCGACGCAAAUGCGAAGAUAGGACUCGAAGAGCAAUCCAAUGUGCUAGGAAAAUGGUACUAUGCAGCGGAGCGCACGUCGGACAACGGUGAUCGUCUGGUCGACUUGUGCGAACAGACGGGCCUCAUCAUCUCUUCCACGUUUAAGAGGAAUCAUCGACGCCGUCAGCUCACGUGGCAGAGCUCGACUACGUUCUGGCGAGGAAUAUUCGUCAGCCAUAUCCGAAAACCUAGAGCUGUUUGGGACGUCGCGUUCGACUCUGACUACCGUCCAGUUCUUCUCAGCUUUGAGAUACGGUUCCACAAGAGAAACCGAGGAGUUCCUCUUCAACCGAAAAUCGACAUGGCAGGUCUUAAAGACGAUGAAUGCAGAACAAAAUUCCGCCAACGUGUGUCUAUUCAUGACGCUGCAAGGAAAACGCUCCCGGUUCUAUUGCCGCAGAAGAAGCUUGCCUUUGCAUCUGCGGAAACAAAAUCCACAUACAAUUCUGUAUGUGUCGCGUGCAGCGCUGGUGACUUCAACCAGGAAAAGCGUCUUAGAAGGAAGCUGCGUCGUCAACUGCAACAAGACCGCGAUAACGAGUGGACGUCAAGAGCGAUGGAGUUUGAGAAGGCGUGGGAGGACAGGAACCUGUGGAAAGCCUAUGCUCUACUAAAACAGUACAGCGGCAAAAUGAAAAGAUGUUCUCCUGUCCUCAACACUGCCAAUGGAGUACCUGUCGGUGAAACAACCCUUCCAAUUUGGAGGAAACACUUCAAUACUUUGCUAAACCGACUGGCACCGUCAGCUCCUGAACUCGAACAUGUUCAUAGACCGACAUAUGCGUUUAACGAGGAGCCACCGACCGAGUCGGAGGUCCUGGCCUGUACUCAAAAAAUGAAGAAUGGAAAAUCUGGUGGAGAGGACGGGAGAGUGAUCGAAAUCUGGCAUUCGAAGCCAAUGCAACUAGCGUUUCUGGACUUUGAAGCCGCGUUCGACUCUCCUCACCGAGGUCGUCUUCUCAACGCGCUUCGCGCCGAGUACCAGGAAACCGGAUGUACAACACCGUUUGAAGUGGUAACUGGAGUAAGACAAGGGGCAGUGGCAGGACCUUUCCUGUUCAAUUUCGCAAUCGACGACAUUCUGCGAAGAACAGUCGACCAGUGUCCUGCCGACAUUGUCUUGGCACCAUCAGGGUGCCCCUUGACUGAUCUCUACCUUGUAUCGAAGCUAGCUGCAGCCUAUGGACUACGUCUACGCCCUGAUAAAUGCAAGCAGAUGUGGAUCUCUUCGAGAUCACGAACGGGAAUUAGGGUGGACGGACAACCGAUAGAACUCAUCGAUGAGUUCUGUUACCUGGGCUGUACGCUGAAGAACAACGGUAGCUACGAGAGAGAUGUUCAGCAAAGAUGCGCUAAGGCCACUUCUGCAUUUAAUUCCUUAACGAAAUGCCUGUGGUUGACCCCCAACGAAGUCAAGCUGCGAGUCUACCUGUCUGCAAUUCGCCCCAUUAUGAUGUACGGAUCGGAGACUUGGGCAGCACCAUCAACGGUUAUGGAGAAGCUUGACUGCCCGGAACGAAAGCCGCUUAGACGGUGA